AGCCAAACACUUGUCGUCGUGUCCUGUUUUCCCCGUUUUUGUCAAGUUCUACUGUCAAGUGGCUAAACUUCUGAACUCUUUAUCGAGAGAUUACGGCCGAGGAACUGGGACUUGCAGCUUUGGUUCUCGGCUUGAUGUCUGGCGUGUUCCCUGCCUUUAUCAUUCAGAAUUGUUAAAAUGGGAGACAAAAGUACUCUCUUAACCUACUUACUUUGGCUUGUUGGAGGAGUCUUUGGCCUGCACCACUUCUAUCUAGGCAGGGAUUCGCAGGCCUUUCUAUGGUGGAGCACCCUUGGAGGCUAUAUUGGUUGUGGCUGGCUCCGAGAUUUGUUUUACAUUCCGACCUAUGUAGCUGAUGCUAAUGGGGAGAGAGCUUUCAUUGAGAAGCUAGUCGCUGCAGUCAGGACCCAUAAUAAGCCACCAUUUUCAACCACCCGCUUCUGUGGUAUGGUUAUUGUCGGCUACCUGUGGGCAUCUGUGCUGAUGUUGGCUGUCCCAGAAGAUGAAGUCGCUGGUAUUAAUUGGAGAUUCCUGUUGUUCCUAGGCCCAUUGGCCUGUGCUCUAGGUGUUUGGACAGUUGGAAACAUUGGCCAUGAAGAGGGUUCAAUUUGGUGGCCAUUAAUAGCAGCAUACAUCACAUCCCCUUUGUAUUUCUACUUCCACAUCUACAUCUCAUUUUUAGAUGAUUCAACAGCUUUCACUUUGAUGGUCUUCUGCUCUGCAUGGGCUUUUGAUUCUAAGGCUAAGCAGUGGAGACGUACUCCUAAAAAGAAGAAAUCUCUUGCAAGGAGAAUUACCACACUAGGGCUGUGUGCACUGUUGUAUACAUCACUCUGGACUUCCUAUCUUUAUUUCAACGCAAAGCUGGUUGACGCUGAGGGUGAAGAAAUCCCUGUCCAUAAGGCAGUACACCAUUUUCUGACUUCACCAUGGUGGCUUGAUCUCAAACAGUCCCUUCAUGACACCUGGACAUUUGCUCAAGCUCAUGGAUGGAGUGAAACAUGGAAGCAAAUAGUGGAGCUGAGUGAUCCACACGGAGAACAAAAUGCAUACAAGGUUUUGGGUGUGUCUGCAAUUUCAACCCAAUCAGAAAUCAAAGCCAAGUAUCGAGCUCUUUCUUUGGAAUGGCAUCCUGACAAAGCCAAGGAUCCAGAGGCCAAGCGUAUUGCUCAAGAAAAAUUUGUAGAAAUUCAACAAGCUUAUGAGAUUCUUUCCAGUAUCAAGUCAAAGAGAAGGAGCCGCUCUCGUAAAAGUGAUCCCGAAUGGAGUUAAACAACCAAUUGGGACCACUGGGAUACUUGGAAAAAUAACUUUCAUUUUUGUACCAGUAUUUACACAACGAGUGUACUUUAACCACAUUUCUUGUGAAACUCAUGAUGGAUACUUUUUAUCCUCUUUCUUUACAGUAUUGGUAGGAGUUGUAGUGCACUGUUUGUGGGUCGAUAUUCUUAAGAGCUUGUUUUUGUCGCUCCUUUUUAUAACUAUGUAGCUGGUAGCACAAUCAAUUCUUGUUUAGUCAUACUCAAUACUUCUUAAUCAUUCUUUUAUAAAGUAAAAAACAUGUUAUUUUUGUACUGUUGUCAGGAAAUAUGUACUGUGAUAUGUUCUUAAUAUUAAAUUAUUAUCACAUUUUCUUUUUAAAUGAUAUUUGAUUACGACUUUUAAAAAAUUAUGUGAUAGACGUCUUUACCAAGGAAUUUUGAAAUAAGUUGGUAUUAUGUCACUCAAUUAUGGCCAAGUGCUUAAUUUUCACAUUAAAUUAAGUUGAUUGUUGCCUUAGUUUAUUAUUUAUAUAUUUAUUCUUUGUGUUGAAUCACAAAAUUGAAAUCGAAGUAUUUGAAAUGUUAGCUAUUAAUCCAUUGUUUGGAUGCUGGAAUGAAGUACUGUUUAGUCUUUUAGAUUAUUCCAGUUUCUAUAUACUCACUGACUUACUAAGCGUGACAAAAAUCUGUUUUAGAUGUGACUUGUUAUAUUUUGUACUGUUUCAUUUUUGGGUUUAUAGUAGAUGUGCCAAAUGUAGAAUGAUGAUUGACUCUUGUUACAAUCUGCUGCUUCCAUGUUUUUACUGCCAAUGAUGGGCAACGUUACUAGCUUUCUUCCAUUCCAACUAAUUCAUUCUAUUCUAUGUAGAUUUUUACAGUGUUAAAUGUUUGUGUUAUUAUUGGAAAGUUUUUUUUAAACAGCUUUAGUUUGACAUAAGGGGAACACAACAUGGAUACUUUGUGUAAACAUUUUUUCAAUGAUCUUCCAUUCAAAAUGUUCUACAUUGCAGUACAUUGCAGUAGUACUUGUGUCUGAAUUGUGCUCUGUAUGAAAAAUGGUUCACCCUGAUAAAAAUUGUGCUAAUAAAUGAUUGUUAUUAUGGUAACAA